AUGAGCCGUGCUUUGUUAGGCAGGGUAGGUAAAGAUGGUAGCGACACAGUGAAUGUUGCGGAUGAUGUUCAAACAUUAAACGGCAGCAACGUGGGGCUGCGCAUUGCGGCUGUUUUCAUCAUUCUAUCCGCGGGCCUCCUUGGCGGCGUGCCGCCGCUUUUCAUUAAGGCGCUGCGUAACCAGAACAGCUUGCCAACAUUCUUGAUAAGAGCAUUUUCUGCUGGCAUCAUCUUGGCGCUGGCUCUCGUACACAUCUUGCCAGAGGCCGUAGAGGAGCUCGUUGACCUGGGCGGCGUGGACUACCCUCUGGGCGGCACCAGCAUCCUCGUGGGCCUUUUCGUUAUGGUCUUCAUCGAACAUGCCGCACACCUCGCGUACGACAUGCCGCAUGCACAUGCCCAUGCUCCUAGCAGUGAUGGCGCCAGCGGCGAUACCCACAGCCACAGUCACGGCCAGGGCCACAUCCACAGCCACGGAGCCCUCAACGGCAGUGGUUUCGGAGCAUUGACAGGGGAGCCGUCUCCAGCAUCAUCCGCCGCAGAGACGGCGGAAUGGGGCAGCGACAAAGAGGGGCGAAGGAAGCUGCCAACGGCAGCGACGACGACGGUGGCAGCAGGGCAACCGCCAUCGCCGGAAGGAGGCCGCCAUCCCCCGCACAGUGGGUGGCUUCUGGGCCAUUUGCAUACAUACUGUACCCGUCUGCAUUACUUGUGCCCGUCUGUCGGCUGUUGGUUUCGGAGCAGGUUGGGUUGCAUCUUCCACUCGUUCAUCAUUGGGCUAUCGCUUGGAGUGAACCGGACGAGCAAGUCGCAGGUUCGAGCCCUGCUAAUAGCGCUCACUUUCCACCAAGCCCUGGAGGGACUCAGUUUGGCCAGCGUCAUCAACGGAGGGGACUUCUCGCGGACCAGGGCGGCAGUCAUGGUGGCCACGUACAGCGUGACGUGUCCACUGGGGGUGGCGAUAGGCAUCGCCAUCGCAGCGUCAUACGACCCGUCCAGCAUCCACGCGCGUGCCGCCCAGGGCUGCCUCAACGGCGUAUCCGGGGGCAUGUUGUUGUACAUUUCUCUCGUACAGCUAGUCGCGGAGGACAUGGGCAAGUACUUGCUGGGCCCACCGCCGGCCGCGGCUACCGAUGCGGAUGGCGGCGGUGAAGCCGCCUCCCCCGUCUCGGCCGCCAUCACGGCGGCAGCUCCCCCUGACCUUGGAACGGGGGAACCUCGUGGAUCAGCGCUGCCUUGCAGCCAUGGGGGUAAGGGACACCAUUUCCACGGUGGUGGCCAUUUAGCAGUUGAUGGUGGCGGCCGAGUUGGCGGCCACAUCCGCGGACCUUCGUUCUUGGCGUUUUGCCUGGGAGCCGCCUCCAUGUGCCUGCUGGCGCGUAGCUUUGUGACUGGGCAUUUUGGGCGGAUGAGUUAUAAAUUCUUCAAGUUCAUCCAUUAG